AUGCCCGAGGGUGUUGCGGCCCUUAGAAAAUUCAAGCGCGUCCACUUUGGCGGUGGAAACCUUGCUCGCGAAGCCGGAAACAAGCUGGUCAAGGAGGGUGUUGUUGUUACGAGUGUUAUCGCCUUUACCGAGGCUGCACCUCUGCCAUACUUCUUCCAGAAGAACCUGGAUCUGUGGCAAUGGUUCAUCAUCGACUCCGAGAGACUGGGCGUCGACUGGCGCCCGGCCAGCGGCGAAGAAGAGGGCGUCUACGAGCAAGUACUUGUUCGAAAGGCCAAGGAGGACCCCCUUCAGGGCAUCUUCUACACGUUCCCUGACGCAAAAGAGUACAACACCAAGGACCUGUAUCGCAAGCACCCGACAAUCCCUAACCACUGGACAUAUUACGGCCGCUCCGACAACAUCAUUGUCUUCUCCAACGGUGAGAAGUUGAACCCCGUCACUAUUGAGGAGAUUGUCACAGGCCACCCUCGAGUCAAGGGUGCCGUCGUCGCCGGUGCCAUGCGCUUCCAGCCAUUCCUCAUCCUCGAGCCGACCGAGCCCCUCACGUCGGAAGACGAAAUCGAGAACUUCAUCGACGACGUCUGGCCCCUGGUCGUCAAGGCGAACAAGGAGACUGUCGCCCACGGCCAAAUCGGCCGCGCCUUCAUCGGCGUUACCAAGCCCGAGAAGCCGUUCCCCCGCGCUGGAAAGGGCACCAUCCAGCGUCCCAUGGCUCUGAAGCUGUACAAGGACGAGAUUGACGAGUGGUACAACAAGGCCGAGGAGGGUGCCGAUUCUGUUUCCGUGAACAUUGACGUCACCUCUGAGCAGACCAUGAUCGACUCCAUCGAGAAGCUCUUCCAGCAGACUCUCGGCAGCAGACCCCUCUCUGCCGACUCCGACUUCUUCAGCGCCGGCAUCGACUCCAUGCAGGUCAUCAACGCCUCCCGUCUCCUCCGCAAGGGCCUCGAGGCCGCCGGUGCCAACAUCACCGCCGACGCCAUCGCCACUAGAGUCAUCUACGCCCAUCCCACGCCCCGCCAGCUCGCCGCGUACCUGAUGGACCGUGUGAGCAGAGACACCACGACCGAGAACGGCGACGGCGCGAACCACGACAUCCACGCCAUGGAGGCGCAGCUCUCUAAGUACACCAGCGAUCUUCCCAAGAACCCCGGCAACAAGCCCGCGCCUGCCGACCAGGGCCAAACCGUUCUGGUCACAGGCACAACGGGUGCCCUGGGCUCCUACCUCCUUGACUUCAUGGAGUCCAACCCCGCAGUCAAGAAGGUCGUCUGCCUCAACCGCAGCGAAGACAGCGGCAAGCGCCAGGUCAAGAUGAGCGCCGAGCGCGGCCUCGCAACCUCUUGGAAGAAGGCCGAGUUCCUCUGCGUCGACAUGUCCAAGAGCGAUCUCGGCCUCGAGCCCGAGGUGUACGAGAGACUACUCAAGGAGACGGACCGCGUCAUCCACAACGCUUGGCCCGUCAACUUCAACAUUUCGGUCGAGACCUUUGAGCCGCACAUUCGCGGUGUCCGUCACUGGGUCGACUUCUCCCUCCGCGCGACCAAGAACGUGCCCAUCAUCUUCAUCAGCAGUAUCGGCACCGUCGACGCCUGGCAAGGCCCUGGCCCCGUGCCGGAGAAGAGACUCAUGGACCUGUCUCUUCCCAGCACCGGCUACGGUCGCUCCAAGAUGGUCAGCUCCCUCAUCCUCGACGAGGCAACCCAGCGAUCUGGUGUGCCCACGGCCAUCGUCCGCGUCGGCCAGGUCGCUGGUCCCUUCUCCAAGGACGGCGUCUGGAACCGUCAGGAGUGGCUGCCGACCAUCAUUGCCAGCUCCAAGUACCUCGGCGUCUUGCCCAAGGACCUUGGCGGCAUGACGACCGUCAACUGGACCCCCAUCGAGGGCAUCGCCAACCUCAUCCUCGAGGUGUCGGGCAUCGCCGCCCCCGUGCCCCUGCAGAACGUCAACGGCUACUUCCACGGCGUCAACCCCCGCACAGUCCCCUGGGAGAAGCUCGUCGAGGCUGUCAAGUCCUACUACGGCGACAGCAUCCAGAAGAUUGUGCCCUUCACGGAGUGGGUGCAGAUCCUGGAGAAGAGCGCCAGCUCCACCGACGACAUGGACAAGAACCCGGGCAUCAAGCUGCUUGAUUUCUACCAGGGUCUGGCGUCAGCCGGAGGAGAGGGUGUCGAGCUCUCGAUGGAGCGGACGAUGAAGAGCAGCAAGACGAUGAAGGAGAUGCAGGCUGUGACGCCGGAGUUGAUGCAAAACUGGUGCAGGCAAUGGGGGUUUUAG